CUUGUACUAGAAGCCGAAAUGUUGCCAAGUGUCAUGGAUCGCUAUGAAAGUUAUGACUUUGGGAAAGAAUUGCUCUCCCUGCUUAAGACAGCAUCCUCCACACCAGGGGCCCAUAUGGGUGUUUUUACUGGAAUGGGACUUCUGUUGGCGAAAUACAGGCCUGAAAAACUAUUAGAACAUGUGAAUAUGCACGCCAAGAAGAUCAAUACACAUAAAAUGAUUGCUGCAUGUGAGGAGUAUCAUCUGUGGUUGGUGCUUCGAGUUUUACAUGUCAACAACGAAGAUUGGCUUGCUGCCGCCACGACGAUGAUGCACCACCACGUCGAUGCCUGGGAUCAUGACGUUUUCAAGACUGUUGUGAGUCAUUUGGGAUCCAGCGAUUUGGUGUACAACUCCAUCUCAUUCUACAUCCAAACCAAUCCACAACUCCUUGACGACUUUCUCACCAGUAUGUUUAAGACCUUGGACCCCGAGCGUGUCUUGCUGGAGGUGAAGAAGCUCGCCCCUGUGCACUUUAUUCGUCAGUAUCUGGAGUCUGCCCAGGAACGCAACUCCAGACGUGUGAAUGAGGCAAUUAACAAGCUAUAUAUGGAGGAAGAGGACUUUACUGCUUUGCGUGACUCGGUGGAGCGCUUUGACAACUUUGACUCCGCAGAAUUAAGUGCUGAGCUUGAAAAGAUGGAGCUUUUUGAGUUCCGCAAGAUUGCGCUUUUUCUCCAUCGCCGUAACAAGCGAUUUACACAUGCCGUUGCCGUGGCGAAGGAGAACAAACUCUACCAGGAUGCCAUUGAAACUGCCGCCGAGAGUGCCAACCCGCAGAUUGUAGAGGAUCUUCUGGACUUUUUUGUUGUGGAUCACCCGGACUGCUUUGUUGCGUGUCUCUACACAUGCUACGACUACCUCACACCACAGGUCGUGAUGGAAAAGGCAUGGCUCAACAAGCGUACGGACCUCGCCAUGCCGUACUUUAUUCAGGUCAUUCAAGACUACACAACAAAGUUAUCGCGGAUGGAGAAGUCCAUGAUGGACGCCCAACAAUUGGCAAAGGAGGCGGCGAGGCGGGCGGGGCCGCUGCAUACAGGUGCAAAUGACCCUCUGAUGAUUCAAGCAGGGCCAGCAAACCCAAUGGGUGGCGCGAUGCCGAUGCCAAUGCCAAUGCCGAUGCCGAUGCCAAUGAUGGGUGGUGUGCCGCCGGGCAAUUACGGUCCCCCGCCGCAGUUUGACAACAGGAGGCCGUACUAG